AUGCAAAAGCAUCACAGCGCUGAAAUGGACCGUCUUGCUCGCGUCGAAGACGCUGUCACGUUCUCCCUGGCAGAUUACACAGUGGCAUGUAUCUGCCCGCUCGGAGUUGAGUGUGCGGCCGUGGAAGCCAUGCUAGAUGAGAUCCACGACCCUCUCCCAACAGUCCGUGACCGCAACGCCUACACAUUCGGCCGACUGGGUGCGCACAAUGUUGUUGUGGCGGUGAUGCCGGAGAUGGGCAACAAUGCGGCAGCUACGACGGCAACGCAACUUCUAAACGACUUUCCUUCCCUGCGCUUCGGGUUGCUGGUUGGUGUUGGCGCUGGUGUUCCUGGCUCGGAGACUGGUAAGGAUGUUCGUUUGGGAGAUGUUGUUGUUGGUCAGCCUACGGAUACCUUUGGCGGAGUGGUGCAGUAUGAUAUGGGGAAGAAGGUUGCAGAUGGUAGCUUUCUGCGGAUUGGAAGUCUCAAUAAGCCGCCUGAGGUUCUGAGAGGUAACGUGAGGAAAUUGCAGGCGCAGCAUCACAGGGUGAGUAGCAGGAUAAGCUCCUACAUGGCUGAGAUGAUGCGCCGGUAUCCGAAGAUGGAGGAGAAUUACCAGCAUCCGGGCCCUGAAGAAGAUAGACUCUUUCGGUCGGAUUAUGCGCACCAGGGAGGGUCUACUUGUGAGAAUUGUGAGCGAGGGGAAAUGGUGGCACGCUCGCUGAGACGAGAUGUCGAACCGAGGAUAUUUUACGGCACGAUCGGAUCUGCGAACGUGGUCGUCAAGGACCCAGUAGUCCGUGACCAACUGAAGAAGAAUACGGGGGUCCUUUGUCUCGAAAUGGAAGCAGCAGGACUGAUGGAUUCAUUCCCUUGCCUUGUUGUUCGGGGUAUUUGCGACUAUGCUGACUCGCAUAAGAAUAAGCGAUGGCAACCAUACGCGGCAACCACGGCGGCAGCAUAUAUGAAGGAGCUGCUGAUGAUCAUUCCCGCUCUGCAGGUAAAGGAGACAGUGAAUGCUCGAGAAUCCACAAAAGCUGUCCUUGAUGCCGUUUUAACUGCAGUUGAAGAACCUGUUAAGAAGACCGAGAUUCAGAUCCUUGUUCUCAUUGUCUUCUCAGAGAACCGUGAAUCCGAGAUCCUUUCGUGGGUUUCAGAAACGCCGUACGAGAAGCAUUUCAAAACUGCCAAAGAUGGUCUGUUAUCUGAUACAGGCCGUUGGCUUUUUGAAAAGCCGGAAUUUACAAACUGGUUACGAUCCGAGCAAUCUGGAUCGUUUUGGUUGUGUGGAAAGCCGGGAUCAGGGAAAACGAAGCUCUGCGCAAUGAUGGUAGAAACAUUGAUCAAACAAGACGCGAACGUGAUCUACUUCUUUUGUAGUCGCAGCUUGAAUGGCCCAGAUCGCCAGGAUCCAAAGUCGAUCCUCCGCUCAUUAGUUCACCAGCUAUCAGUGAAGUCUCGAGACGGGAUUCCACAGAUACUACGCAAUGCGUACAACAAGAGAUACUCAACCGGAAUGGCCAGAGACGGAUUGGACUUUGAUGAGUGCCAUGAAAUGAUCACGGCGCUUCUCAAGGACUAUCCUAGCACUACGAUUGUCAUCGAUGCACUGGAUGAGUGCAGCGAGCAGAAAAGAAGCGCUCUAUUGCAGUCCCUAAGAAACUUUGUGGACGACUCUACUACCAGUGUCCGAGUCUUGAUAUCGAGUAGAGGCGAUCGUGAUAUUUUAGUCCGGCUCAAAGAUUUGCCGAAUCUCACGAUAAAUGAAAAUGUGACUCGGACGGAUAUAGAGCGCUUUGUGGAGCAGCAAGUCAGGCGGAGUGUUGAAUCGAAAGACCUACUCUACGGGGAAGCUACAACCGAGCUAGAGAACAUAAUUAUAGCCGAGCUGGUAGCCAAAGCAGGUGGAAUGUUCCUCUGGGUUCGACUUCAAGUUCAACGCCUAUGCCAAAUGCAGACUGAGAAACAAGUGUUAUCCCUUCUAGGACGUCUACCACCGACACUAAGCGAGACAUACGACCGAAUUUAUGAGAAAAUCGAACAGAGCCCCAGUGCUUAUGAGGCACAUAAAGCCCUGGCAUGGCUGAUGGGUGCUCGGGAGCCUCUUCGUCCCACUCAGUGGGCUUCUGGAACUUCAUGGGCAGUUAAUAUAAGCCAAGAUUUGGCGGGUACAAAGCCGAGCUACCUCAGUGUUGAAGCCCUCCUGGGGAUGUGUCAGAAUUUAGUCGUCUAUGACGAACUACAGAACCAUAUCGUCUAUGCCCACAUUUCGGUUCUUGAAUAUCUCGAAGAGAAGUCGCAGUUCUCUAAGCUGUAUCUUGAUACGAUGGCAGCCGAAACGUGUCUUCGAUUUCUGAUUAAUACAAGACAACCAAGGCCAUCGGAUCUGGAGUAUGAUUUCUACAAAUAUUCCGCAAGGCAUUGGAUCAGCCAUGUCAAGGCCAGUGGUCGGUCUGCUCCCCCGGAGCUAGAUGACUUUCUGGGAAGAUGGAAGGCGCCUACAGUGGCCUACCGCGAAUGGAAAGGCGCUGUUGAAGUCUUCAGCCGUCGCCAUCGGGAGUACAACUUUGCAGAUGAGAUUGCGACUCUGACUAACGGUUUACUCCUCGCGGCUUAUUACGGCAUCCGACACACAGCCCUCUGGAAGCGUUCUCGAUAUGAUCCCAACGCAACGGAUGAGCGUGGAAUGUCCCUGCUUGCUCUAGCCAGCCAAAACGGACAGCAAAGAAUUAUAGAGCUUCUGGUGCGCGACGGAGCCACUGUAAACCCGACUCGCAGACCUAUCGAUGCGAGUACGGCAAUGUGUCCUUUCAAGACACUUUACUCAUACGCAGGACAUUUUCAUGUGGAUGACUGCCACCCAUUGUUCCUCGCCAUUCAGGGCGGUCAUCCCAAGGCUGUUCAGACUCUGCUGGAUUAUGGAGCGACAUUUCACGAUAGAGACGUGAUUGAAGUUGCUGCACGCUGUGGUCCCCCGAACGUGCUUUUCCAUUUAAUGGAAGGGGAGUCUGCGUCUAGAAUAUCUACGAAGACCUUGGUAAUGGCCGCGAUGAAUGAAACACAUCCCCAGAUACUCCAAGCUUGCCUCGGCGCGUGCGAAAACUCUGCUAUCACCGGGAACGUACUCGAGGCCAUACUUGACCAUCGGAAUGACAGAGAUGAUAUAAUCACACAGCUUCUCGCGCCUAGAAUUAAUGCGAGUGUGUUUCAGGGAAUUUGGCGUCGUAAGAGACAGAUAAUCCUGGGACAACUACUGAAAUUGGUACCCGGACUGCCUGUUACUGAAGACGUGGUUGAGCAAUUGGCAAGAGAUGCUCCAAUCCGCAACGACUGUGUGGUUGAGGUCUUGCGAUCUCUGGUUCCUGGUGCGUCUGUUACUAUUCAGACCCUCGAAGCUGUAUUUCGUGUCAAUUCUGGGGCCAUCAAGCUUCUAGAGGUCCUCUUGAACAGUAAGAGCUGCCGGACUGCAAAUGUGAAAGCAAAGCUCCCAAAAGGUGACAAUACGGCAAAGGCCUCCUUGGACUUGGAUUCGCUGGCGGAUCUUUUCAAUGAUAAUGUUGACAUUUGCCUAACCGACAAAUUAAUUCUCGCUGCCUUGUCUAACCCUGGAGAGACUCUCAAGCUAUUGGAGCUGCUGCUUCUAAUAGACCCUUUCAUUCCGAUCACCGACGAAGUUGCCGCGGAAGUUCCAUUGAAGAAAGAGAUUAUCGAGUUAUUAUUAUCAAAGAGUCGGUACAUAUCGACUGGAAAUAAACGUAGCAGUAAGGUUCUGCUUCUGCUACAGGAAAAACUACGUGUCAUCGAUUCAUCGAAACCAGCUCCAUCCGGACAAACAAGCUCCAGUAACACGCCUCCCAAGAAGCCUGUCCCCCAAAAGCUUCGCUCUGUGGUCUCCGAGAUUCGCGAGGCUGCCAUGGCGGGUAAAGAGACUUGGUUUGGCAGCCUAUUUUCAUCGGCCAGUGAAUCUCUCAGCCAUGACCAAUAUGGAUCGAUAUUUCUGGCUGCGAUUGAAGGAGGACAACCUGAUAUAUUACGGCGGUGCAUUAAUUAUGGCGGGAUAUGGCCCGGAACCGACGAACACGGUUGGAACGCUGAACUCAUGGCCUUUUACAAAUGCAAGAAAAUCCUACUUUCACAAAUUAGAGCAGAAAUUGGACGGAAAGAAACUGCCCCGCUGCCUCCGAGUGCAUGGUUAGAGGACGACAAUCCGUCUUUGGUGCGGUCUAAUGGAAGAAUACUGAGACUGAGUGAGCAAAAUAAAUCCGGAUCCUGUGUUCGAGCCAACCACCCCUUCAUUCCAAGCGGCACAAGCUACUUCGAAGUCAAAAUCAGGGAGCUCGGUGAGCCUGAAUAUAUGAACGAACAAUGGAUACAGGAUCGGGUAGAGAUCGGCGUCAUUGACGAUUUUCUGCAAUACAGGCCGGCAUACUAUUCGGAUACUGGGUAUUUGCACGACCUAUUCCUCACGUGGGAAACAGGGUGCUUUAAGGAAGGAGACACAGUGGGUUAUGGGAUCGACUGGAAGAGAAAGCAACAGUUCGUUACUGUCAAUGGAGUACGAGAGGAUGUCCAUAUGUCCUUUGAUCAGCUACUCGGGAGGCGACUAUUCCCCUAUGUGCGUGUGCUUGCGAUGUCUGGUAACUGUGAAAUAGAGGCGAACUUUCAGGGUCCCUUUAUGUAUCACCUACCGCAGGAUCGUGUAGCCAUGUGGUGA